ACUUUUACAAAGCGUAAAAAUGGCGACGAUGACUUCAUUAGAAGCCUACCAGGCAGCACUGAUUUUGUCGGGGACAGGUGACGCACUGGGCCUGGGGUGCAAAAAUGAAGGGAGCCCAUCCGGUGCCGAAGUCCAACAAUCGAUGUCUUCAAUGGGCGGUGUUGACAAGAUUGAAGUCAAGCCACCAAAAUGGCCGGUCGGACAAAACACCGUGCUGCAUCUGGCGACGGCCGAGGCACUGGCCACGGGCCGGACAUCUGAGACGCUGUGGCCGGAAUUCGCAGCGCAGUACGUGGACUGCAUGUCGGCUCGCAUGAUGGAGAACCGGCGGCCCAGCACGAGCCUCCUCCGGGCGACGGCCUUGCUUCGGCCGGCCGAGCCCCAGGGAUGGGAGCUGCCGUUCGACGUCUCACGCACGGCCGUUGAGGCCUGCCCGGCCGUCCGAUCGGUGUGCAUCGGACUUCGCUUCCACAAGCCCGGCCAGCUGGGUUGCCUGAUCUCCACAGCCGUGGAGUGUGCGAGGAUAACCCACCAUCACCCCACGGCCUACCUGGGCGCCGUCACCUCGGCGCUCUUCACCUCCUACGCGGUGCAGCGCCGCGAGGUCCGCGAGUGGGCUGCCGCCCUCCUCGACGUCAUCCCCGAGGUUCUUGGAUAUGUCGUCUCGACCGGACGGGAUGUGGACGACAACCAGGGGGCGUGGUGCUACUUUGGAGACAUUUGGAAGAAGUACGUGUCUAUGCGAGGCAUCUCGGACGGGGAAAGCGCGCCAAGGUUUCCCCGUAGGUACGGAGCAGAGAGACGGGACGAGGCAUAUCGUCACUUCGCGAUGGACAACAUGGUUCCUGGAAGCUGUGGUCAUGAUGCUCCACUCAUUGCAUACGAUGCCCUAUUGUCGUCCAACUCCUGGCGAGAUCUCUGCGAUAGAGCCGUGUUCCACUGCGGCGAGGGCAGUUCCAGCGGGGCUAUCGCGGCCAGCUGGUGGGGGCUGAUCCACGGUCUCAGCGGCGUUCCACCAGGCAACCACGCCCAGGUGGAGUUCCGGGACAGACUUGUGGAAGCUGGGACCAAGCUAUUUGCCUUGAGUUUUUAGUGUGCGUUGUGCGCGUCAAGUUGUUA